CAGGUUCGUCGCGAUUCCCAGUCACAGACACAGUCAGGCCGUGUGAAUCGUCGCGAAUCCAAGUCCAGUCCGGACAUGGUGCCGAAGAUGCAGCGCCUGCAGCGUCAAGCUACCACAUAUGAUGAGCCACCGGGCAGCAGCCGACGGGAUUCACAGCCCACGCUCACAACGGACGGCGAGGAGCGUCGCGCUCGUCGUGAUAGCCUCAGUCCCGAUUCCGUCACAGCCGCUCGCGGCCGUCGUGAUUCACGCUCCCACCUCUCACCCGACCGCAGCCGCGAACACGACAGCGAAAUACAUCGGCGCUGCCGCGAAAAGAUCCGCCGCCAAUCCUCCUCCACAGCACGCAUGUCUCGCUCUCCAGACUCCAGCAGUUGCUGCUCCAGUCGCGAUCCCAGUCCCAGCGCCUGUCCACCCACCUAUGUGGUGGCGUCUGAGCCCAGCGUUCGGCCAUCCAUCCGCCGCCAAUCCACCACGGAGGAGAUCCUGAUUGCCAGAGGCUUCCGACGCCAGAGCACCACAGAUGAGAUGAUCCGCUGCCGGAACUUCAGGCGCCAAAGCUCUCAGAGUGACGAUGUUUGUCGCUACAGGGGCAGAAGAGACUCCAGCGUGCAGAUCAUCGACGGAACCAUUGGCACAAUGACUGUGGAGACAACCAGUACCGUCUUCGACAGCAGCACACAAACGGAUCCCUCACCACAGUAUGAGAACAACCACUAUCAUGAGGAGUGUCUGAGAUGCAAUUCCUGUGGCGUGAAUCUCACCGGACCCAACCAGAAACGCGCUCGCCGCUUCAAAAAUCAUAUCUUGUGUGAUCUACACUUUGCAGACGUGGCUCUGAUGGAGUGUUCGGACUUCAUGCAGCAGCUCAGAAGUUUCAAGCCACAGUCUCUGGGCUGUGCUGUGGCCAGACGCAAGAGUUCCACCACACUCAUCUUCCCUUUGCCACCUCAGGCCUGCUCGGAUGAAUUCUGUGAGGAGUUCCCACACAAUCUCAUCCCUACGCCUGGAUACUGGAUCGAGUGCUCCAGGCAGAAGAUUUCCACAGGACAGGGAUGGAAUGAUAGUGGAUCUGACAAUGAUAAUGAGUCGGAGACAAGGGACAGAUGUACAGAUCUGUGUGAAGAUGACGAGGACUCAGACACAGCGACGAAGAAGAAGACGACGAUCGAGGAGCAAUGGGAGCAGCAACAGGGAUUCGAGCUGACUUCUGUGGAACAGGAGACCUAUGAGAAACACUUCUAUGGCACAGAGCACUGGAACUAUUUCACCAAUGACGAGGAUCUGGGACCUGUGAUUUUAUCCAUAAAGCAGGAGACGCUGAACGGGAGAGAUCAGUUCAGGAUUCUGGUCAGAGCUAUUUCGUAUACAGUUCAUGGACUAAUUCCAGCUUCCUGUGUAUUUGCAGACAGGUACAAUCGCGAGGAAGUUGUGAGAUCAUUGGGAAAAGAAGUGAAUCUAAAUCCACCACUGACUUUGGGUCAACUGCAAGAUACUCCGGAGGAACUUCUAAAGCUAGAUCAAGUCUUCAUCAAGUCGGAACUGAAGGUCGGUGUGAUUUACAUCAAGGAGAAUCAAUAUACGGAAGAGGAAAUCCUGGAGAACAAUGACAACUCACCCUUGUUUGAGGAAUUCCUGCAACUGCUUGGUGACAAGGUGCGACUCAAAGGUUUCGACAAAUACAAAGGUGGUCUAGACACCGUGCACGAUCUUACGGGACUCUAUUCUGUUCACACCAAUUGGCGAGGAAUCGAGAUUAUGUUCCACGUUUCGACUAUGCUUCCCUACGAGAGGCAUGACGUGCAAAAAUUGCAACGCAAGAGGCAUAUUGGCAACGAUAUCGUCUGCGUGGUGUUCCUGGAAGCAGACAAUACUCUCUUCUCUCCAGCCUGCAUCAAAUCCCAUUUCUUGCACACAUUCAUUCUAGUGCGCGUUUCCGCGAGGAUUAAACGCAAACCAACCAGGUACGAAGUGUCCGUUGUGACCAGGGAUGAAGUUGGAGCCUACAAGCCCUACCUUUGGGAGCAAUCUGUGUUCGUGCGGGAUCAAAUGUUUAGGGAAUGGAUCCUUACCAAGAUCGUGAAUGGCGAACGAGCGUCAUACUCAGCACCGAAGUUUGCGCGAAUGCAGGAGCGGACGCGCUCUCAAAUGCUGGAGGAUAUCGUGGCUAAUCUCGCCAAUCACGCAGAAACUGGCCAAAUACCCAAACCCUACCGUCGCGGCUCGUGGAGACCGAUCGGACACAUGCGUCCCUCAUCGCCUCUUCUGGACUCCGUGCGUGAUCAGUUUGAAGAUCACGACCAACUGGCUCAAGAUUUCCAGCGCGCCUUCAUGAACGCUGAUCCUCAAGUGCAGAAUCCACAACUUUUCGAUGUGGCUUUUCUUGUUGGUCAGUCCAAGCAAAAGGUGAAACUGAUUGGAGUGCGUGCGAUCUUGGGAGUGAGAAGCCGCGUGUUCCAGGAAAUGCUGUAUGGCAUUCAGACAGGCUUUGGCUCGCCACAAGUUCCCGUGGCUGAGAUUCUAGCGCGUCCUGUGCCAGCUCUGGUGUCACCGCAGAACCAGAAGAAGAGCUCCAACUUCUUGCAGGUGCCUGACAUGGAGGCUCCGCGUCCCAAGAGUGUGCCCUCCUCUCCGAUGGUGAAGAGAGCCUUCUCGCGACUCGGCACCAUCACGGGCUGGGGAAAGUCCAUCAAGAAGCAGAACUCGCAACUGAAUGCGGAUGAUAAGAAGAAGUGGGCCUCCAUCCAAGACUUCUCCAAUGGGAAGGACGGUGGCAAGGAGAAAAACCCAUCACAAUUCCUGGUUCCUGGAUUGUCUGUAUGUGCCGAUGUGCAGAAAGUGGAUCGGGCUAAGCUAGCCCAGACCGAGUUUAAUAUCAUCGAGUUCGACUCGGAGACUUUCCGGGUGUUACUCAACUAUCUGCACACUGGCAGUUGUCCUCUGACCUGCGUCUCCAUUCCGGGCCUCAUCUGUGCCGCCGAGCAUUACGAUCUCCCCGAAUUGUUGCAAGCUUGUUUCCACCACGCCAAGCAGUUCCUCCGAAUCGAGUACGUGUGCUCAAUGCUGAUCAAUCUGGAGAGCUACUACUGGCGCUACACCUCGGCCUCAGAACUCGUGAACAUGAUCCUAGCCUUCGUCGAGACGAAGGCGCAUCAGUUGUUUAAGCUGGAGGAGUUCCUCAACUUGAGCGAGAGCAUUGUGCAGAUGAUCAUGGCGCGCUCACUGGAGAUUCAGGAGAUACGAAAAUUCGAGGCGAUGCUGGCGUGGGCGCGCCACAAAGUGAAAACCAGAGCCGUGGCAGCAGCUAACAAUCGCGGCAACAGCCGGUCGGAAUUCCGCACGAUCAUGGACAGGCUGACCAGGGAUUUGAAGCUACAUCGCAUCUCACCACAGGAUCUUAUCAAAAUUGUCCUGCCGUCGAAGGCUAUCAAGAACGAGCGCAUCCUGGAGACACUCAUGUAUCAGGCCAAUUCGGGCAUCUACAGGAUCCAGGAUAGCUACCUAGAAGAGUGCCAGCAGCGUCUCAAGAACCAGGACUCACGCUAUAGCGAGUGGAGUGAGAGCUUCGACUAUGGCCUCUAAGGCCUCCCUCCAAUCUCAGUAGAGCACCUCCCAGAGAGCGCACAAGGCUGACCAGGGAAAGAUCGCAUCACUGCCAGUUGGUAGCAUUUUAGCGUGAAAUAGAGCAAAAUAGCUUGGCUGUCAUUAUUUCUUGCAAUAUUCCGUCUGUCUCCGUGAAUAGCCACUUGUUUCCAGGCAAAAUGAGACCACAUUCUCCGCACAAUCAAUAGAAAUAGUAAACAAACAAUUUCCUGGUCAGCUACGCCAAUUGCCACAAACAAGCGCACAAUACGAGAUGCUCUACUCUUCCUCUUCCCUAGGAGCCUCCCGCUUCCUGUCUUUCGCACGCCGUCCGGGCGUACGAGCGAUCCUCAGCCAUACUUUUUCUAACUCAUCGCCCGUCCGUCCGGACAUCGUGGCGGGAAACUCUAUUGUUGUUCGUUAUUUAUGGAGUAAAAGUCCCAUUGAAGAGGCUUAAAAGAUGUCAGUAAACAUGAAAUUGAUGUUGAUUUAACGUUUAGAGAUGAUGUGACAAAGAAUGUCGUAUCUCUUCCAUGUUGUGUUGC